AAACAAACAAACAAACAAACAAACAAACAAACAGCCACAGUCUCUGGAGAUACACGUGAGACAGGAUACUAGAUCCCCUUCAUCAUGUGCAGAAGACUUGAAUUACUACCCACUACUUGUCUGGAGAGGGCGAAGGAACUUCGGGCUCUCUUUGCGAGCUUAAUACAGAAACCAGACCAGAGCAUCACUGGACAGCCGAAGAAAACUGACAAACUGAGGUUGAAUGGAGAUGAGCCUUUGAAAUGGAGGGAGUCAUUUGACAAGCUGCUGUCCAGCCAAAAUGGCCUCUGCUUAUUUAGAGAUUUCCUGGUGUCGGAGUUCAGCGAGGAAAAUCUAGAUUUUUACUUGGCUUGUGAGGACUACAGAGCGACUAAGACCUCGAAACUGUCUGAUAAGGCCAAGAAUAUCUAUGACGAGUUCAUCUGCAGUGAUGCACCAAGAGAGGUUAACAUUGACCAUGUGACCAAAACCAUCACCAAGGAUAGCAUUGAGCAGCCAAGCCAAUCCUGUUUUGACAUGGCCCAGGCCAAGAUCUACGCCCUAAUGGAGAAGGACAGCUACCCUCGAUUCCUCAAGACCGCCACAUACCUACAACCCAUCAGAAAGGCCAAGACGGGUUAACCUGGUGUUACGGGUACAACAGGGCCAGAGUUUGUUCAGAAAAACCAAAAUCCCAGGGCUUUACACGGUUUCGAUGCUGGCAGUGGGGAACUGUCUACGACACUGGGACGUUCACAGAUUUGGGGUCUGAGCUGGAAGAUGCAAACUGGGAACUUGAAGCUUCACCAAAAUAACGGGAGGCCAUGAUUACAGCAAAGCUCGAGCUGUAGGGGAACUCUCCCUUCAAGAGUAAUGCCUGCUAGUGAUGCAGAGGACUGCACGAGUCUCGGGCCACUUUGAGUCAGAUAAAAAUCUUCACAGAGAUUAAAUAAAUUCUUUCUCAUAGUCGCCAGUGAGAGUAAAGCUAUUUCAAUUCUGUACCAGUACUAUUUGCAUACAUGUUUGUUUAUUUAUUUCUUAUUUAUUUAUUUUAUUUUAUGAAAUAAAAACACAAUAAUGUGAAAAUUCUCAGUGUGGCCUGCAGAUGAUGAUGGAUUUCUGCUUUAUAUUUUUUUACAUUGUAUAGCAUGAAAAAAUAAAUGAUUGUUGCAAAUGCAAAAUAAAUUAUGUCUUAG